GUUUCAGCAAUUGGGCAAAGUAAGAAAGAGAAUAAGCACUUUGUCAACCAAGCAAGACAACGCUUAAUAUUAGCUACAUAUGAAUUGUUAAUGUUAUAUCAUAAUCAUAAUCUAAGACUACAAUUCAUCAUAACAAGCAAAUGAAUAAACUCCAGCAACAAAUAAAUUAGUACAUACAAUAAAUUCGGGAAAUGCUGAAAAAAUAGAGAAAUUUGACAAGUAUCUGUAAAACAUUUAAAAAUUUUUCUAUCCGCGUGAGAAACUUUUAAUUUUUUUGCAAAUAAAAAACUACGCACAUGUGCAUUGAAACAUAUUCCUACAUGAUUUAUCUUUUGUCUCCCGAACGUCAUUGUUUAUAAAGAAAUGAGUUCAUAACUGAUUAUCCUCAUCCAAUCUAUGUUUUUAUGCAACGCGACAGAUUGCACGAACUGAACAUGCAUUUGAUUGAUACUAAAUAAAACAAAAGUAAUUAAUAUGAACAGUUCCCUGAGCAGUCUGUCAGCCAACACUAUCAUAAAAGCAGGGACGUUUUCAGAAGCUUCUUCAUUAUAAAUACAUACUUACAAACGUACCAAUAUGACAUUUACAAAAGUUACCGUUUCGAAAACCGCUCAGGUAUUAACGUCUGCUGCGGAUACCUUACUUGUAGAAAAUCUUCGUCUAUUUCACGACACCUUAGAAUUACCUGCGAGUCAUUUUGAAAUCUUACGUCUUCGACACUUACUUGGAGCGGAAGGUUAUUAUGGCGUAUUUUCAAAAAUAUUGGAAGAAUGGGUCAAUCAAUCGGGUCUGUCGGCUUCGACAGAUAUGCUAAUCAGAGUUCUCAAGGAAAUUGAAUUCAUCUCUGUUGCAGAAAAAUUGGAACAAGAAUUUCCAGCUAAUCUUCUCAUUAUUAUUUCCCCAUCCACACUACCGACGUCGGAGAAUUCAACUACUCCUAACCAGCUUCCAAUCUAUUUCCAAGUUGGUCACAGAAUCCCAAUUUUGUCGGGAGACAGGAAGAACUGCAGGCUCUUAUGUGUCACUACAAGAAUUUCAGAACUUCCACGGACGCCACGGGAAUAGUUUUCAUAACGGGAGCGGAGGGAGUUGGCAAAUCUUCCUUAGCUACUCAGUUUUGUCACCAAAUACGGGACUCGCUUUUCCAUACAUGCAUUUUUCUGGACGGAGAAUCACAUGGGGGAAUGCUCAAUUCCAUUCUACGAUUAGAAGAACAAUGCAAUCUUAAUCUUUCAGACGCUUCAGUUAGAACUGACAAACACAGCGCCUCAUUAGCGGUUAAAAUAAUCAAGGCUGUACACACCUUGUAUAAAAACAUCCCGAUCGUUUUAUUCAUUGACAACUUGCACCCGAAUAAUGUGGCUGUUAAAACACUUCUCCUUAGUCUUGCUAGUUUCCCAUUCCCUCGAAUCUUUGUCGUGCUUACUGCCACAUAUCCAAAUCUUCCUGGUUUCGUUUAUAAAGAAAUUUCCUUAAAAGUUUUCUCCCGUGAAAUCAAGCCAUUUCUACAAUCGUGCUUGAAUCGAGAUGAAAUUCAGCCGAAAGAGAUAAAUGCCCUGGUGGAAAAUGGUGGGUUGCAUCCCCUCACGCUUAGCAUGGUCGUGAAAUCAUUUAAGGUUAAAUCCGAAAAAUGUGGCGUCAACCAACGGUAUCAUCUUGAUAAUUUCACUGACGAAUUAAGCGUUGGGAAGGAGACCAGAAACAGCAAUGUGGGGAUUAUACAAUCAUUUGAUUUGUUGUCGAAAACAGUUGGCCAUGCAUUUAUCGAAUUAGGUAGUGAUAAACGCUUGCAAGAUAGUGCUCAUCUUUUCCUCAUGAUACUCUGCUGGCUGGUGCCCAUAAACAAAGCAGAUUUAUCUGCCAUUCUCGACAUUUUUGAUUGCUUAGAUCCAAGCAAGACAAAACAAUUUUUGCUAUCUGAAGUAAUUAUCAAACUCGAAGAACUUGGUUUGGUCACCGUGGAACCAUUUGUGUUAAACCUGUCCACCUACAAUCACGCUUCAAUACAAGUUAAAAAGUAUGUUGAAAUACAUCCUGCGGUUCGGAAACUCGUCCAGGCGAAUAUUCUCACUACAUGUUCCAAGUACAAUUUAGCAGAAAGGUUGAUCACCCAGUUUGGUCGACUAAGCGAACCAACAAUUUUGGAAUUGGUAAAUUUGCAGGAAGAAUUGUUGGAAAAUUUUGUCGAAUACAAUCACAAACGAAGUAGAAAAUCAUCGUCUUUAUAUUACGAGCUCAAAAAGGUGUUAACGAUUGCUGAAAACCCGAAAGAAAUUUACGUUACCUGGAUCCGUUGGCUUAUCGUGGUUUCAGGUUACAAUUUCCUCUACACUCUCACAACCACUAUUUCCGUAGCACUUUAUAUCUUGCUUACAAAACCAGAGGGUUUCGAUUUAUUUAUAAUUGUGCUGUUUAUCAUCGCUUAUUUCUUCUUUUUCCUGUAUUGCGUAGUAGUGUGCUAUGUAGGGACUCUAAUUUUAAGAAAUAGUACUAAAAUGUUAAAAAAAUAAUUUUAUGGAAAUCCAACUCAAAAAAGAAAUCGUUUAAGAGUGGUCACAUACACUGUGGGGUUUGGGUAUAUUGUGGUUUUCGUUGGUGCAUUUGUAGUGAUGAACACAAUCUACGCGAUCGGUGCUAUUAUGGGUGCGGUCGCCGAUAUCAUGGCUCUGGGUUUGUUUAUUUACCAUUUAGCAAUCUGUAAAGCGAUGUAUGGUUGUUUGUCCCAAAAGAAAAAGAAAACAAAAUUAACGAAUGUAGCAGAAAUUGUUGGAUUAGUAGUAUAAUAUUUUUUGAAUUAACUUCUUGAUCACAUGAUCGCAUAUGAUGAAUUAAUAUGCAAUUUAUGUAUGACAAUACAGAUACGUGUUUUAAGUAUAAAUAAUUUUGUGCCAAACUUUAAGACAAUCAUAUUUAAGCAAUAUUUCCAUGUAUUUAAGCUAAACUUAAAUCCAGCAAAGUAUUUAUUUCAGUAUAUAAUCAAUAAAAGUAAUAAUAUUAUUUCAAUUAUUGAAUACAUACA